UUGUAUACGUAUACGUACGUAUGCCUAGGAAUCUACCAGUUGUGUGUAUAAAUAUACGUAUGAAUCCCAAACGGUGUACGCCUCGCACCUGCACGUACGCUUGCCAAUAAUGGGCCGGCUUCACUUCAGGCCCAUCUACCUGAAAAAAGAGAAAAAAAUAAAGAGAACGAAUGCUAAGCCGCCGCCACCGCCUCAUCGGCGUUGCCUCGCCGGCGGCGACCGAGCUCCGGCGAGCCUUCCGCUCGGAGGCGGCCCUCGAGGCCAUCCGCGCGCACUCCAAGGACGCCGACGGCCCCGCGCACCUCGCGCUCUACAACUACCCCACCUUCGCCGGCGGCUACGCCGCGCUCGCCGCCGACCUCUUCCACCGCCGCCUCCGCCGACGCCUCCUCGUGCUCCCCUUCUCCUCCGUCGAGCCCUUCAGAGCUGGAGACUUCGAGGGUGCGGGGUUCCAGACGUGCUACCUGUUGGAUUUCAUUGGGCCAAACAACUUCGCUUUGGAGCUCUCUCGAUUCAUCCCUAGUGUAAUCGCAUUUGAUCACCGGCGAAGUACACUAGCAAGAAUCCCCCAUUUGGGUCAUUGCCCAAGUAAUCUUGAGCUUAACAUUGACACAACAAAGAGCAGUGCUCGAGCUACAUUUGAUUAUUUCUCCAGGAACCUUGCAGAGAUAAAAUCCGAUUCUGAUAUGUGUGAGAAGCUGUUGGACCAAGAAGAUGAGGAGAGGGUUUUUAAUGUUCUCAAAUACAUAGAAGAUGCUGACCUGCGCCAGUGGAAGCUGCCCAAUGCUAAGGAAUUUCAGACAGCACUCAGGGAUGAGCGCGCUAAGUUGAACUGUAUCACAAAUCCUCUUGUAUUUGAACAGCUGCAGCAACUUGAUGUUUGCAAUCUGCUUUCUAGGGGGAAGUCACUUGCUCACGAUCGCUUCGAAGCUGCAGGGAAGUUAAUACACAAGCCAUUUAGGAUUCAUCUCGGAAGAGGAUUGCACGGUGAAUGCCUUGCGAUCAGAGCAGACGGGAAUUCAAAAUUAAGCCAUGAAAUUGGCUUGGAGUUGAGCAAGAUGAGUACUGCUGCUGGAUUAAGACCUAUCGGAGCAGUGGUCUUCAUGCAACGUGGUCUCCUGAAGAUCUGCUUGAGGACAACAGACAGUAGUACCAAUACGGCAGAGAUUGCUAAGGCAUAUGGUGGUGGUGGAAAACCAAGCUCAAGUUCGUUUGCGCUAAGAAUGGACGAAUUCAACGCUUGGAUCUCUGUGAACUCAUGACUGGCCUGGAGGCUGGAAGGGAGUUCUAAAAGAGUCAUACAGAAUUACAGGCAGGCACUGGGCUAGAUACAAUUCCCUUGGUUGCGAGGAAGAGGCGAAAAGGGAGAUGUUGGGAGUAUCCCAGGAUGGCCAGAGAAUGGUCCAGAGCUAAAAUGCUUGAGCUUUUGAGGGUGCUCUGGUUGCUUGGUUUGUGCUGCCAUUUUGAACCUUUGGUAAUACCUAGGGGAUUCUGGCGAUGUCAAAUUUAAACACUCUAUUUGGCAUCAAGUAAGCAUCCCGUUUUAUCAAAAAAAAAAGUACUCUUGCUUUGCCCAGUAGAUACUCUCUCCGUCCUAAAAUAUAAUAAUUUUUGUUAUAUUUUGGGACGGAGGUAGUAUAAAGUCAAGUCCUUUCAAAAAAUUUCUUUUGAAAGGAACCGUCUUUUAAAUUUGACUCGAUGUGAUAUGUGCAUUCUGUUCUGUAGUUAGUUUCAAAGAUUUGGUACCAGUUUCUUGUUUCUAGCCGAUCACUGCAUGCCAGUAUAAACAGAAUUCGUUUUAUUUUUCUUUUUCUUUUUGAAAUCUGAGAAAGUGGCAUCACCAGAUGGAGACAAGCAAGACAAUUAGAUGUGUA